AUGGCACAAACAGCAACCGAUACCCAGGUCCCUUCCACUGUAGCCUUCUCAAUCUUAGAGGAAUACGAAUCCACUCGCGAAAAGACAUGUGCGAUCUGUGGUGCCCAAACCGUUAACACCUGCAGCACAUGUCAUGGAGUAGCCUACUGCAAUGCAGCACAUGAAACUCAAGACCGAUAUUACCAUCGUCUCAUCUGCCCUGCUGCAGUCUCUAUCCCUCCUCGUCCUCCAGGUGAAAACUUGGCUGCUAUACUAGUUCUUCCAGAACAUUCAAAGACUCCAUACUACGCAUGGACCCCUUACAAACUCAACCGUCACAACCUCCCUGUUUUCGAACAAUCGAGCUGGUAUGGCGAGGGGUACAAAAGCAAACCGACGAUUAUCACUUGUCACCCUAUUACCCGUCAAACACUGCCCCAUGCGAUCAUGAUCUUCGAACCCAUUAACCCACCACCCGGUCAACAACCAUUGCGAACUACGCUGGAAAAACCGCAACCUCACACAAACCUCUGUGUCCACAAUCUAACAAACGGUGUCAACUCCUCGGCGUUCAAGGGCACUUUGUUGAUAGUCACCCUCGGGCGUACUCAAGAUAGAUCCAAAACCUGGAUUAUGUCCUUCAAACCCGAGGAUAUUCUAAUUCUCGUCGAAGAACUCAAACGACCGAGUAAUCAAAUUGCCCUUCCUGUCAAAUCCGUCAGUAUCAAGGCCGUCGCCUGUUUUCCAACUUUCGAACCCGACCUUACCUUCAAUGGUGACAACGCUAGCGACUUUAAGCACGCCGACUACGUUGCCUUUGAAUCUUUGGAUAUUCCAGUCGACCAUCCGAUCUUUACAUACCGUAGGAAAGAUCCUCAUAUCUACACUCCACCUUUGGGGGUCUCCUAUAGAUUUCCCAUACGUAUGUUUCGAUUCUUGAACUACCACGGUCUUCGCGGGAACAAGUUCGUUCCAACCCUCUUCCCGACUGUUGAUAUCAUCCAUUCAACCACUGGCACCCGUCCUUCCGCCAAACAGAGUAAAUUCAUUGCUGCCAAACUCGGAGCUGUUCUCUUCGCUCGUACUGAUGGGAAACCAUUGGAGGUUUCACAUCUUCGAGAGUUCUCGGAGUUUGUCGGUAAUGUUACUAAAACCUGGCAAGCGUAUGAUUCAUUCAUGACUACCCAGGAAAUGGCGUUGGCUAAACAUACGAAGAAUGGAAAAAUUGAAAUGAUGUAUGUUAAGAUCACGCGUGAGCAGAUGAAUAUGGUUAUUGAGAUGGAUAAGACUUUGGAAGCUAAGGCUUUUAAGGAGUUUUGGAUGGAGAAGAAUGAUGGUCGUUUGGGACCAUUUGAAGGGGUUAGUAUGGAUCUGGAUGAGGAUGGAGAGGAUGAAGAAGAUGAGAGCGAGGACGAGGGAGGUCCCGAGGAAGGUCCCAAGUGA